AUGUGUACUCAAACGAAGGCUGCUGCCCUUAUGGCGAACAUUCCAGAGGCAGAAAUCGAUCCGACGGGUGUGUUCAAAUACGUUCUCAUUCGAGUACACAGUAAAGAAGACGGCGACGACUCGAGCGUAGAUAUUGUACGUGGAUAUGCCUGGGCCGAAUAUCAUGGUAAGAGGACCAAGAAUGAUGAUGAUUUGUCUUUCAGUUUUAGUAUGAUUCAUGUAUAUGUCACUGUUCUACUAGCUACAGCCUACUACUCGUACUGUGCUGGCUGUGACGCUUGCGAGCCAGUAGGUGGGGCUUAUGUCACAAACAUGUCAGAGAGGUGUCAGUCAGUCCAGCCCCAACGGCACAGUGCACAGCUCAGCUGGUGUGGCGACAGAAAAUACAAUACAUGACCAAAAGUAUGUGGACACCUGCUCGUCGAACAUCUCAUUCCAAAAUCAUGGGAAUUAAUAUGGAGUUUGUACUUCCUUUACUGCAAAAUAGCCUCCACUCUUCUGGGAAGGCUUUCCACUAGAUGUUGGAACACUGCUGCGGGAACUUCCAUUCAGCCACAAGAACAUUAGUGAGGUCUGGCACUGAUGUUGGGAGAUUAGGCCUGGCUCGCAGUCGGCAUUCCAAUUAAUCCCAAAGGUGUUCGAUAGGGUUGAGGUCAGGGCUCUGUGCAGGCCAGUCAAGUUCUUCCACACCGAUCUCGACAAACCUCGCAUUGUGCACAGGGCCAGAUUCGUCCGUCUGACUGACAGAUGCUGACGCGUGAUUCAUCACUCCAGAGAGGCGAGCUUUACACCACUCCAGCCGACAUUUGGCAUUGUGCAUGGUGAUCUUAGGCUUGUGUGCAGCUGCUCGGCCAUGGAAACCCAUUUCAGGAAGCUCCCGACAAACAAUUAUUGUGCUGAUGUUGCAUCCAAAGGCAGUUUGGAACUAGGUAGUGAGUGUUGCAAUCGAGGACAAACGAUUUCUACACCCUUCAGCACUCGGCAGCCCCAUUCUGUGAGCUUGUGUGGCCUACCACUUAGCGGCUGAGCCGUUGUUGCUCCUAGACGUUUCCACUUCACAAUAACAGCACUUACAGUUGACCGGGGCAGCUCUAGCAGGGCAGAAAUUUGACGAACUGACUUGUUGGAAAAGUGGCAUCCUAUGACGGUGCCACGUUGAAAGUCACAUAUUUUUUUCAGUAAGGCCAUUCUACUGCCAAUGUUUGUCUAUGGAGAUUGCACGUCUAUGUGCUCGAUUUUAUACUCCUGUCAGCAACGGGUGUGGCUGAAAUAGCCAAAUCCACUAAUUUGAAGGGGUGUCCACAUACUUUUGCAUAUAUAGUGUACAUUCCUCCUACAAAAAAGAACACACUUUCACUGGUUUAUUUUGCACCUCACAGUGCUUUGAAAUAUUGUGUAUUUUGAGUAUUUCCAAAAGACGCGUUAUGAAACUUUGAGUACAUUAAUGUUUUUGUCACUGCAGCCGAUAUCUAUGACAAGGUAGCAGAGGAGCUUGAGAAAGGAGGGCACCUGGACUGUGAAUGUAUUGGAGGAGGAAGGAUUAAGCAUGACUGCCAGUCAAAGAAGAUCCACGUCUAUGGCUACUCCAUGGUAAGAGAAUGCAGAAUAGUGUUGUUAUUUCAGUGGAACUCAUGUACGCCUAUUGUUUGGGUCUUCCUUGAUUCAUUUUCUGAUAUUGCAUGACAGAUAUUACAUCUCUUGAGGUUCGUUAUUUCGUAGCAGCCAAUUUAUCCUUUCAAUUGCCUUCUUGUUCUUUGCAGGGCUUUGGCAAAGCAAAUCACGCUGUUUCCACAGAGAAACUGAAGGUGCGCUAUCCUAAAUACGAGAUCACCUGGGCUGAUGAGGGAUACUGA